CGUGCACCAAAAGUCGAGGGUAAUUGUGGACAAUGACUCAGUCGAAUUGUUGUGGAGACAGCGAAGAUGACGGAAGACUCGAAGCUAGGAAUUUCCUCCCGAAGAACUUAAAGAGGGGGAAAUCGUUCUCUGAUUUAACAUGGAAAGAUGCAGUGCCUCAGAUAAUUGCGAGUUGUAUGGCGUACUGUGUGGUAAUUCAGGCAGGAGUGAAUAUGGCUUACAGUACAGUAUUAAAUGGUGGUCUAGAGUCAGAAAAUGCUGAGAUCAAGAUCACAAAAGCAGAUGCUUCAUGGAUAGCGAGUCUUGUAACGAUAUCCCUCCCCCUGGGAUCUCUGAUGUCAGGUCCCCUGAUGGAUCGUUUUGGUCGAAAAAUUGCCUGCAUCCUGACCUGCGUCCCAGCCAUCAUCUCCUGGUUGCUCCUGAUAUUCUCCCACUCCCUCACCCUCAUCUACACAGCAAGGAUAAUCGCAGGUAUCUCAGCAGGAAUGUCAACAGUCGCAUUUGUCUACGUAAUCGAGAUAACUCAUCCAAAAAUCCGGGCAAUGAUGCUGUGCCUCAACUCGGUAUUCGUGUCCCUGGGAAUUCUCAUCACGUGUGUCCUCGCUCUCUUCCUGGAUUGGCGAAAAAUUGCAAUGGUCUUCAUAGCACUCAACACAUCCUUUCUAUUUUUACUAUUCAUAAUUCCAGAGAGCCCCUAUUGGCUCAUCUGCUUCGACAAUCAGAGCAAUCACUCGUCUAUUGAUCGAAAUAAAGACCUGGACAAAGGAGAUAAUCAGGUCGACGAGGAGUUACAACCGCAGGAUACAAAAUCUCCAGUCAGAUCUCCACAUCAAGGACCAAAUCCGUCCUCCAAGCAGUACCCCAACCCUCUGGACUGCAGCGCACGACACCGACGUGCCCAGAAAUACCUCCGGUGGUUGAAUCCAAAUAAUGAAAUCUACCACCAGGAACUCCAGCGAAUAGAAGAGUCUAAUCGCUCCAAAUGCAGCACAAGUGGCGCCUCGAGGGAGGGGAUACUCCGAAAUUACCUCGAAGCAGUUAAAUCACCAGGUGUUUAUAAACCCAUAUGUCUUCUCUUCGUUAUUCUCUUGGCUCAGCAACUCUCUGGAACAUACGUCGUCAUCUUCUACGCGAUAUCUGUCUUUCGGGAGAUCGGCGGAACAUUUGGGGAUGGAUUGAAUGAAUAUGGGGCAUUAGUUCUCCUGGGAUUUAUUCGGUUCAUCAUGAGCAUCAUCACGUCACUCCUGUCCAGGAAAAUCGGGAGGAGAGUUCUCUGUGUGGCUUCUGGUCUUGGAAUGGCCUUCUCCAUGUUCUUCUCGGGGAUGAUAAUUUUUCUCACGUCCUUUUGCACGGGGGAGUCCGAAGGGGCCCAGCAGAAGUGGAUGCUUCUCGUUAUCGUACUCUUUUACGUCUGCAUGAGUUCUCUGGGUUUUGUCGUCAUACCCUGGUCACUUGUCGGGGAAUUACUUCCCAUCAGUUUCAGGGGUGUUGGGGGAGGUAUCAUGGUAUCAGUGGCGUAUUUAAUAAUGUUCGUCGUUAUCAAGAGCUAUCCUUCUGCUCUGGAUGCCAUGGGGGCGCAGAAUGUCUUCUUUGGGUUCAGUGUUGUAUCGCUUAUUGGAACUGCUGUCGUAUAUUUGUUUCUACCAGAAACUCUGGGAAAAAGUCUUCAGGAGAUUGAAGAGUAUUUUACCGGGAAGGGAGAAAGGGCUUAGGAGGGGGGAAUUUGUUAUUGUGAUUAUAGUUGAAAGUAUUUGGAACGUACGGUGAUAUCUACGUUUGUAAUUUUUGAUGAAUUCAUUUUGAAAUAAAGUUUUAUAUCUACGA